CUUUCAAGUCAAGUGGGGGGAAAAUAUGUGGGUGCUGCUGUAGCACCUGCUAUUUUAAACCUUGUAUCUUUUUUUUAAAAAUGUGCUGCUGGAUUACUUAAUGCACUUUGUGUUUCAAAAGUGUCAGGAAUGAAACCAGAAGGAAGAGAUUGCUGACCUUUAAUGUUAGCUUUGAUAUAUUAGUACAAGUAAGCAGCUUAGAAAUUUCUUAUUUUUGUUAAAUAAUUGUGUAGCAUCUUGUUGCAUCCAUUAGCCGAGAAUCAAGAUCUGUUGAUUUAUUUGUGCCUUGUAAGUUCAUGAAUGCUAGUGCACAUUUGCAAAUGUUUGGAAAGCAGGUUCAGCCUGCUUUUUAGUGAAUGAUUAUAAGUGGUAGUUAUUUCUAGGUGAACUGCACAGGCAAUGUUUGUGUGUCCAAAUUAAUUUAAAGCCACUGGCAAAUUGGGCCUAAUAGAUCAAGAAGUGAAAUUAGAACGCUUCCCUCAGCCAUUCCCCCCCCCCAGCUCAGCACAAAAGACUUGAAAUGGGGGUGAUGUGUCAUGAACACAAUUUUUCUAAACAUCUGUCAUUUAGUUUUUACUUUUUCGCUGUUACUUCUUUCUGCUUUGUUUCCUUUUUUGCUGCUAAUUGGAUUAAAAGCCAUUUUGUAUGCUAUGGCAUCUUCGAAGGACAGUGCUAACAAUGAAGAUAAUGUAAGGUAAAAUGUGCCCCACAGGGUAAGAGAUAUAGAAAGUGCUGUUUUUAAAACAAGUCUUAGCCAAAUAUAUAUCUCUUCAUUUCUUUGUUUUAUAUACUGCUAUGGUCAACAGGGAUUCCCAGUGGUUAAUAUCAGCAAAAACAUCAAAGUAAAAUCAAUAAAUACAGUGCUCAUAUUCAUAUGUGGUACUCUAAUUUCUCUGCUAGGUUUAAUAUAAUGGAUUUCCUUAUCUAUCAAGAUGUUAUGUGGAGCUUGUCAGAGAUGCUCUUCAUCUGUAUUAUAUUUAAUUUGAUGUUGGAACCAUAAGUCUAUCAGAAAGACAGGAGAAGGUCCAGAUUUAACUGGCUGGGAUUGAACACAUACUGUGUUACCUAGACAGAAUGACAGACCUGGUGGCUGUCUGGGAAGUAGGUCUGAGUGAUGGUGUUCACAAAAUUGAAUUUGAACAUGGGACCACAUCAGGAAAACGUGUUGUGUAUGUAGAUGGAAAGGAAAUAAUGAGAAAAGAAUGGAUGUUUAAAUUAGUGGGAAAGGAGACAUUUACAGUUGGAGCGGCUAAAACAAAGGCUAGCAUUAAUAUUGAUGCAGUCAGUGGAUUUGCAUAUGAAUAUACUCUGGAAAUAGAUGGAAAAAGCCUCAAGAAGUAUCUGGAGAACCGGUCAAAAACAACAAACACUUGGGUAUUACACCUAGAUGGUACAGAUUUUAGAGUUGUUUUAGAGAAAGACACAAUGGAUGUCUGGUGCAAUGGUAAAAAAGUGGAGACAGCGGGUGAAUUUGUAGAAGAUGGGACAGAAACACAUUUCAGUAUUGGAAAGCAUAACUGUUGCAUUAAAGCUAUCAGCAGUGGGAAGAGAAGGGAAGGAAUUCUUCACAUGCUCAUUGUGGAUGAUGGAGAAAUUCCAGAAGCCUUGGAAUAGCUUUCAGAGACUAAUGCAGAUAAAAAUAUCAGGGAUUUUCAAUUACUGCGGUAAUUGACAACUUAAAUAUUUACUUGUACAUUUAGUCUGUGAUGGAUUUUUUAAGUUACUGCAUAGGCAAUUCACUAGAGGGCCAAAUGAAUGUGUAAAGUUAUGUAUAAUUUCUAGUUAUUUUCUUAUAUAGGGAUAGUAAAGGGAAACUUGACUAAUGUAGAAAUUGUUUACAUGGGACAUUUUAAUAAAAUAGUGCAAAAUCAAA